AUGGAUGUCGACUCUACGGACCGGCCAGACGCUGCUGGCGCACUCAAGACAGACAGCGUCAGGGAAUCGCCCAAGGAUCACAACAGCCGCCGGGCCGCUGCAUGUCUCGUGUGUCGCAGAAGCAAGAUCAAGUGCGAGAAGGGACGCAUGCCAAACGACGAGCGCUGUCAACGUUGUCUCCAGUUGGGGGUGCAGUGUGUUCGACCUGAUUUCCAUGUUGGACGUCGCAAAGGGGUCAAGAACAAGCGAACUGGACUGGAGAAGGCACUGCACCAGGUUGAGCAGGCAGUGAGGAGAUCAGGGACCAGCAUUCAGGGGAUCGAGGCCACCAAGGUUGUAUCCGAGCUCAAAGUACUUCUCGGGUCGGGCUCGGAAGGGUCUAUGCCACCAGGCGACACCAUCCAGGUUGGUGGACGAAAGCCGAACCCGCGCCGAGACUCGAGACAGAGCGACACGCUCCUUCCGGACGCUUCAUCUGACGCCGGAGACAGCAGCGCUUCCGAACAGGACGGCAUGAGUGUACCGCCGCAGGGAUCGACCCCAUCCCAGGGUCACGCUGUCGAGGAGAGUCUUGCUGUUGAUGAUGCUGAGAACCCGCUCCAACUUCUUGCGCGCGCAUCCGACCUUCAUGUGUCCCCAAAGUCUGGGAACGAUAGCCUACCGGCAGAAGCUGCCUCUCAUCAACGAGCACGCCAGACCAAGCAACCCGACCAGCCAUCGGAAGUGGAAAAGUUCUUUAAGCUCAGCCAAUUCAGCCUCGAUGUCGGGACGCAUACCCGCUGGGGCCUUGACCCAGUCUUGUACACAGCAUCGUUCACUCGUUCCCGGUCCGCCUUUCUCUUCACGUCAAUAUGCGCCGCCUCGGCCCUCUUCAUGGCCGCUGCCUCGGCCCUGUCCCGUCGCCUCUCGAAUCACUGCCAAGCUCUCGUGAACCGCAUCAUCCGUGACCGUUACCGCUCCGUCGAGAUUGUCCUUGCCUUCAUGGUCAACGUCCCCUGGAUGGCGCCCGGGAAACACAGCACCGAUGACGAAACCUGCUGGUACGUCAGCAUGGCGACGACGAUGGCGCUUGAUCUCAGUCUGCACAAGAUCCUGGUCUCACAACAGAGCGUAAACGGCCAAGGCAUGGGAAGUAUGCCGAUGCAAGUUCCGAGAGCAGACUGCAUCGACCCCAAGGUGGCGCUUUCGCUGGACGGGUUCUCGGAGGUGGAUCCGAACAGCGAGUAUGGCAGACGGCUGCUGAGAAGAAGGGAACGGUGCUGGAUUGCCCUUUUCGUCUUGGAAAGAGGCAUGUGUUUGGCAAGAGGUCGGUGCUACACGGUUCCCAUCACGCCCAUCCUCAAGGGGUGUGACCAGUGGCAUUUGUCAAAUAUUGCAGACACGAUGGAUGGGCAUCUUGUUUCCAUGGCGGUGCUGAGGAGAGAUUUGGCGCAGGAUGAUUUAUUUGCGUCUAUCAGGGCGGUCUGUGAUGGCUCUCGGGAUGGAAGAACCGGGGGCGGGAUUAUUGCCACCUCCAGGAUCCAAAUGACCGUUGACAAAUUCUUUGACGAAUGGCAUGCUAAAUGGGGCAUCUCAAUCGGCACCGGGCCGCGUAUGUCUGAAGGUUUCAUGCGCAGCCCAGAACCGCUGUUUGCUGACCAAGCGGCAGAGCAUCGACUGCCGCCGUAUGUGCAAAUCCUGGUGACCCAUACCAGGCUUUCCAUCUACAGCAGCGUCAUCAACCACCCGACGGCUCCCACCGAAGUGCGCCACUUUUUCCAUGCGGCCGGCCUCUCAUCUGCGCUCAACGUCAUGCGAGCUGCAAUCCAGGGCGAGAGCCAACUGUCCAGCAUGCCCAACAACACAGCCAUCAUGAUCUCGUUCGCCGCGUGCUUUGCUCUUCGUCUCAGCGGCCAGCUGCCGGGCAAUUCCAACCUGGCACCAAGCGUCCGAGCCCUCAUUGAGGAAACAGCAGAGGUCCUCGAACGCAUCGGCUCGGCAACAAAGCAUCGAGAUGGCAUGUCGGCAUUGUACGGAAAAUAUCUCAGAUGCAUUGUCAAAAAAGCGGCGCUAUCAGCAAACGAGACCGCCCCUCGCCCCCGGACCGGUCACCACCAAUCGGAACCUCCCACGCAACAACACCAAGCCACAGCACCGUAUGCGAGACACAGUGACGCCAAUAACCACAAUCACGCCCGCGGCAGCUUUAGUAUGACGGACGCCAUACCACCCAACCCGGCUGUUUCCGGCUUCCUGGAACCGCCCAUCUGGUCCGAGCCAAUCCAGUUCUCGUCCAUGUCGGAUGAUCAAAUCGUCGAGGCACUCAGCAGGGUCAAUAACGAGUUUGACCCAGCCCUCAACAUGUAUCCCUGGGACGACGCGGCGGCGUUGGAUUGGUUGAACUGGUCAAACCUACCGGACUUUGGUACUUGA